AUGCGUGCUCUGGUACCGGAGUGGAUGGCCCAAGCCGCUGACAACAGUACCGCUGGCGGCAGUGAUGACGUCAAGGAAAGGCGCGUCUCUCGGGAACUAGCGGCUCAGCAGCUGGUCGCAAUUGAUGCCCUGGUGGACGACGGUUCUGAUAAAACGCGGCCGGACGUCAGCAUCUUCUCCUGGCAGGUGCGAUUCUUGGAAGACCGCAAGACCCUGGUCCUACCGCUAGGCCUGCUGGGGCUCUUUCUGAACUCCAUGUCAACCGUUGAACCCAUCCUGGUCCCUGCUUUAGGUCGGCCCGUGCUGCGCGAGCUGAUGCCAACGCGCCACGGUCCGUACUCCUGGCGACGCCGCAACGAGCAGCGACUCGAAGCGAUUGUCGACUGCAUCGCUGCGGGACUCGAUGUCGCCGGUGCUGAACAGGACGCUCGCGCACUGGCCAUGGAGGUAACCCUGGAGUCCGGUGCACUGGAGCCACUGUUCGCACUGUACGACCGUCGCCUGCACGACGAGCACGGUCGUGGCGUCCGCUUGCACCCGGACUACAGCAACGCCGAGCUGUUCUUUGUGCUCUGGGCCCUCGGACACUGCGGUGAACGGGACGCGGCCAUCUUGGUCAACGGGGCACUCCGAAACUUUGCUCCUUUCUCGAGGGCUUUUCAGUGCGCCGUUAACCAGGCCAUGUGGACUGGUCACAGGUGUCCGUUUUGGCACUAGAAUGUUUAUUCAUGCACUUACUUAUUUAUUCGUAAUUCUAGUGGCUCA